AUGUAUGAAGAUGGGGUGUUGACAUGUAACGUUUUUGGUCACCCUAUCCCUACAAUUCACUGGUUGAAAAACGGUGUAAGAAUACCUCAGGUAAGAACCUUGUUGAUCACUCACUAAUCGAAAGGUUCGAAGUAUUUUCUAUUGUAUCUAAAAAUCAAUAACCUUUACUUUGUCCAGAAUAGCGCAUUGUAUGUGCAAUAAAUUGCAAUGACAUGUUACAAUUUAAAAAGUCAUAUAUGAAGUUACGAUUUUUAUCAUCUAUAGACAAUCGUUUUUGGGAGUUCAAAUAUUUUUCUUGUAAAAAGAGUUUCUUGAAAGAAUUUUUUUUUUAAUGUUGUAAACUCUAGUGUAAGAUACAUUUCAUUUUACGUAACAAAGCCCAAUGUAUCGGUCAUGUUUCAAGAAUUUAUUGUUGUUGGAAUGAUUUGUGAGUGUUCUUUGUAACAAGACUUUUGAUCUCUUCCAGAGCAGCAACACUCAGUUGGGUGAUGAUUUUCCACAGUACGAGCAGAAUGAUGAAUUGUCAAUGUACGAGGUAGGCGAAACUAUAUCUAAUUUGUACCUAGACUGUGUCAACGUGUCAGAAGCGGGGACGUACACGUGUGUCGCCAAGACACGAAAUUUUACAGCAACACAAGUGCACACUGUCACCGUAGGUGAGUUUGAGUUUCAUUUAUUAUUUAACGCUUCCACACUACAAAACUAAGAAAGGUUUUCAAUUCUACCAAUACACACAUUUCAAUACUAGACGAGGUAUUCAACACAACCCAUAUAAACAUUACAAAACUAGACAAGGUAUUCAACCCUAACCAUACACUCAUUUAAAAAAAAAAACAAGGUACUAGGUAAAAGGAACUAGACAAGGUAUUUAAUCCUACCCAUACACACAAUUCAAAACUAGACAAGGUAUUUAAUCCUACCCAUACACACAAUUCAAAACUAGACAAGGUAUUUAAUCCUACCCAUACACACAAUUCAAAACUAGACAAGGUAUUUAAUCCUACCCAUACACACAAUUCAAAACUAGACAAGGUAUUUAAUCCUACCCAUACACACAAUUCAAAACUAGACAAGGUAUUUAAUCCUACCCAUACACACAAUUCAAAACUAGACAAGGUAUUUAAUCCUACCCAUACACACAAUUCAAAACUAGACAAGGUAUUUAAUCCUACCCAUACACACAAUUCAAAACUAGACAAGGUAUUUAAUCCUACCCAUACACACAAUUCAAAACUAGACAAGGUAUUUAAUCCUACCCAUACACACAGUUCAAAACUAGACAAGGUAUUUAAUCCUACCCAUACACACAAUUCAAAACUAGACAAGGUAUUUAAUCCUACCCAUACACACAAUUCAAAACUAGACAAGGUAUUCAACCCUACCCAUACACACAAUUCAAAACUAGACAAGGUAACCAACCAUACCAAUAAUCAACAUAUUAAAACUAGGCAAGGUAUUUAACCCUACCCAUGUACAACCUUUCUAUAUAAUUAAAAAAAAUUAAUGAUUGCCAAUGAAUGUGUAUUGUCAAGAUCAGUAAUUCUCACAAGCUAAAAUUAAAACAUGCCCCGAUUGAUAUUAUUGCUAUCGUGUGUUCUGAUAUAUUUUGUACUUCAUGUCAAAGAUAGAUCAUCAUGGAGUCUAACAUAUUCUGAAAAACAUAGAUAAUAGCAUUCAAUUUAACCGAAAUAGUAUUGGUAGUAAUUUUGCGAUAUUUUCUACCCGCUAUUGCGCAAACUUAUGACAAAUCCAAAGUUAUAAAAAAGUAUUUUUUGUAAUGAUAUUUACGUUUCUAACAUCAUUAUAAGUUUUAAAAAGUAUUUUUCAGCUAAAUAUUACACACCAAACCUGACCUUUUAAAUUACCACAUCUAAAUGAUCACUAUUUGAAUCAUUUUUUAAAUUAAAGUUGUUCAUUUACGGCUGAUUUCUACCCUGGAGCCAUACUUUAGAUGUCCAGUGUUUUUGAAUUGUUAAUUGUUGGGCUUACACUAACACUUUGCUUGACCCUUAACUUAAAAAAAAAAAUGCUUCUCUAAAAAUUUUGAAAACUUCAUCUUAAAUUUAGAACAAAAUCGCUCUACACAAUUUUAAAUAUAUUUUAUAUUAACGGAAAUUGAAAACUGACCCUCAUCCUCAUCUUCAUGUCCAUUAGUCCUUGGACCGUUGGGGCGCUACAGAUGACGUAUGAACCAUCCUCCUCCAUUCCUCUCUGUCUUUAGCACUACGCACUGCAUCGCCCAGUGUUAGUCCUGUCCACUAUUUGAUGUUAUCCUCCCAUCUUUUUCUUUGUCUUCCUCUUCUUCUCCCUCCUCUUGUGAUGCCCUGCAAUAUUUCUUUGGCAAGCCCUUGUUUCCUCUUUCCCAACUUUGUUUUCUGUAACUGCCUUCAAUGAUGUUUUAGACGGAUGUUAUAAAUCUCAUAACAUUAAACACCCACUUUACAAGUAAAAACAAAAUUAGAGUUCAAGUUUGAAAAGAAAAUCUCAGGCCCUUGCUAUUUUUUUUAAAUUAAAUUUUCACUUCCGUCCGUUCACAAGACACGCACUAAAUUAUAUGGUGAACGAUCUUUCUCUUUCUGCGCCCCCAAACAAUGGAAUUCUUUGCCACUACACAUCCGCAAUAUAACAACCACACAGGCCUUCAAAACUGCACUCAAAACACAUCUAUUUAAACUAUACUACUCUGACUGAUUCUCCUCCUAUAAACCGAUAAACGUACAUGGGUUUCCUUGUAAAAAUGUCUGGUGUGGGUGGAUGAAUAUACCUCUGGUGUUGUUCUGCUUAUAUGUUGUUUUUAUUUCAUUGAUGUAUUUUAUUUUAAUAUUAUGAUUAUGCCUCUUUGCUAUAUAUAUGUAUAGCGCGGUGAGCCCAGCCCUAUGCUGGGGUACCGCGCUAUAUAAGACCACUUAUUAUUAUUAUUACAUAUUUAAAAAAAAAGUAUAUUAUCAUUGGAUUUAAAGAUAUUAUCAUCCACAUAAAAAUUUACACAUAUAAUUUCCUAACUUUGAUAUAAAUGUAAAUAAGAGUGUUAAUAAUGUAUCAAAUUCAUUCGUUUAUUUGGUGAGGUACCUUGUAACAACCCCAAAUAGAUUUCAAUAAAAAUUAUUAAAUUAAUUCAGGGAAUUGUAACACCCUACGUACGAAACCACAUAUGUUUUGUACUUCACAUUAUUUGUUGUUAUUUGGAUGAGUGAUAAUUGCAUUAGUUAAUGCCAUUGGGCUAUGGAGUUUCGCUUCAAAGAUUUAAUCAACGGCAUUUUCUUAUUAAAGGUAUAUUUAAAGAUGAUGUUUCUAAUUACUUUAUAAAUUAAAUGAAAUGGAUUUUUGGAAUAAAAAUAUUUUUUUAUAUUAAAUUUUUUUUUUUGAAAAAUAACUUUCAAACCGUGAUAAAAUGUAAAAAUUGUUUAUUUAUUGUUAUAUUUAAUGUAUGUAUAAUUUAUAAUAAUAAUGCUUAAAAAGUUACUUAACUAAUGAGGAAUUAUUUAUUUUUUGCCCAAUGAAAAAUUAUUCGACUUCUGUAAAAAGAUAGGAAAUCGCUUUAAUUGUUAUAAAGAAUCUAAACAUAUUUCAAUCGAUUCUCAUUUGUCCUGGCGUUAUCGUUAGCCUAGCUCAUUCUUAAAUAUAUAAUCAACAUUAUUUAUUAUACCUAAUUCUUCCUUAGGUCACCCUCCAGUUGGAGGUCCAAUAUGUCGUCAAGAUAAAAGUGGAGGUAAGCCUUCGCAGCUGACUUUUUUUCAUACAUUAAUUUUCCUGUUUGAAUUCAGCUGAUCAUUGGGUAGAAGGUUUUGAGAUUAUUCUUUGUUUCAUUUUUGUGUGAGAAGUCAUAAACGUGUUUGCCUUCAUUUGGUCAGAUCGGCCAGCCAGAAUUUACAUGUGGACCAUUGACCGAUUUGAAUACCAACACGUGGAUACCCAAAUGUACUGCCGUGCUCAGGGCAUACCCACUCCAACCAUUUCAUGGUUAGAUUUUGAUAACAGGCCCAUAGUCAGUGGAGAAAAUUACACGGUAAACAAUCUUAUUUAUGGCUAUCAAAACUUUUAAACUAAAUAUAUGAUAGAAAAAAAAAAUAAAUUCAUAAUUUGGAGACGGACAUAAGCAUUGUAAGAGAUAAAUUCUUAAACAUCUGUUAUAGAUUGACCGUAAUAACACCGAGAAGAUACAUAAGUAGUGCUUUAAAACAUUAGAAGUAACAACACUGAGAGUGCAGAGACCAAGUUCUUUAAAACAUUAGAAGUAACAAAAAUGAGAGUGCACAGACCAAGUGCUUUGAAACCUUAGAAGUAACAACACUUAGAGUGCUCAAACAGGGUGCUUUAAAAUAUUAGAAGUAUCAUCACUAAGAGUGCACAGACCAAGUGCUUUAAAACUUUAAAAGUAACAACACUUAGAGGGCACUGACCAAGUGCUUUAAAACAUUAGAAGUAACAACACUGAAAGUGCACAAAGUGCUUUAAAACAUUAAAAGUAACAACACUGAGAGUGCACAGAACAAGUGCUUUAAAACAUUAGAGUACUAACACUGAGAUUGCGAAUAACAAGUGCUUUAAAACAUUAGAAGUAACAAUACUGAAAGUGAUCAUACCAAGUUCUGUAAAACAUUAGAUGUAAAAACACUAAGAGUGCAGAGACCAAGUGCUUUAAAAUAUUAGAAGUACCAAAACUGAGAAGCACAGACCAAGUGCUUUAAAACAAUAGAAGUAACAACACUGAGAGUACGCAUUCAACGUUUUUUAAUGUAUUUUGUGUUUUGUUUUUUAAUUCAGAUUACCACUGCCGGUGACCUCGUCAUCAGGAACCCCGCCUGGCUGAAAAUGGGGCAGUAUACUUGUAGAGCAGUUAAUAGAGCAGGCAACGACACUCGGUUUAUUUUCUUUUACCCAGUAAGUGCGACUUAC